UUUCGUAACAAUUCAGGCGAUGACUCUGUGAGCCGCGUAGCAACAAGUGGGAGAAACAUAGUUUAUAUACAUCUAAAAUGUCUCCGAUAAAGGAGUUAAAAAUCGUUUAUGAAUUUCUAAACGAGGAUGGCAGUUUUUCAGAAGGAGAUCCUAUCGCAGGCACAGUCAGUUUUACUUUGACAGAAGACACAGAGGUGAAGGGGCUGCUCGUGAAAGCCAAGGGGGAGGCGCGCGUGCACUGGUCAGAGGGUACUGGAGAGAGAAGAAGAUCGUAUCAUGCGUCCAGGAGAUACUUCAAAGUCAAAGAGUACUUGAUUCCAGAGACUGGCACUCAACUUCCCAAAGGAGUGCAUCGCUUUAAGUUCAGGCUUCAAAUCCCCCAGGGCAACAUGCCAUCAUCGUUCAAGGGGAUACAUGGAAAUAUUCACUACUUGCUUGUAGCAAAGAUGUCAAGGAGCUGGCGGUGGCCUGCUAAAGUACAACAAGAGCUUAAAUUUGUUUCUAAGUCCAUUUCCUACCCUGGCAAAGUAAUGUGUCCCCAGUCUGGUUCAGUGGAAAAAGAGUUGGGGGUUUUCCAUAAAGGAAAGGUCCAAAUGUCUGCUACCCUGAACACUAAGUUCUGCUCUCCAGGUGACACUUUGUCUGCUGUUGCCAAAAUCAGCAACAACUCCACCAAAAACAUGAAGCCUAAAUUCAGUAUAGAGCAGAGAAUUGCGUACCAUGCCCAAGCUCGCUCCAAACACAGUGUCGAAAGUCUGUGGAAAUCGGUUGGUGAGACUAUCACGGGGAACUCAGAGGAAAAUGUGUCCUGCCAAGUGCAAGUUCCUGCCAAUAUCAUCUACACUGUUCAAAAUUGUGACAUCAUCUCAGUUGAACAUUACCUUAAGGUGUAUUUGGACAUCAGUUUUGCCUUUGACCCAGAGGUGGUGUUUCCACUGGUCAUCGUUCCUCCCGGCUUUGCUGCACUUCAGCCUGGGGAGGCUAUGGGGCCUUAUCCAGCUGGGGCUGCUGGGGCCCCAAGUUACAGCGACUUCCCUCCCCCUGCCUUCCCUGUUGGACCUUAUCCUGCACCAGCAGGUUCAGGUGCUUAUGGAAACCCAGCACUAUAUCCCACUCUGCCUGCAAACAUGACAAGUGGCUAUAAUAAUCCAUGGCCACAACAGGCCGCUCCAUACGGGUUUCCAACUGCAGCUUCAUCUACAGCGCAGCAUCAAACCCCGACUGCUCCACCUCUGUUUCAACAGGCAGAUGCACCUCCAUCUUACGCAUCCAUUUUCCCCCCUGCUCAGGACACCUUCAGUACAACAGGGUCAGAUAAAAAAAGCUGAACUUUACAGAGAAGACAAAUAACCAUGACUUAUACAUGAUACAGACAGAUCAUGUUUGGUACGUAAAGUUUGUGUUCUGAUGUCAAACCAAAAUAACUGCAGUGGUGAAAAUAGACUGAGGGUUUUGCUAGCAUAUUAUCCCAAGCUUAAUCGCUUCAUAUUGUUGUUCUCUCACCUCCAGCUUCAUGCAUCCUGAACACACGAUUCAAUUUUUAACGCCUGUAUGGUGUUGAAAGCAGCAACCAAACACUUGACAUUAUGUAUAGCAAAUGAUUAAUUUAAACAGUUUCAGUGGGCACAUAAAAAACAUUUCAAAAAAUAUUUUCUAAGACUGAAAUUAUGGAUAUGGAAUACUAAACUGUUUAAGAGUAAAUGUAUUAAAUAGUCUUUCAGAUGAGAAUUCCCCAAAUUAUGCAAAAGAACAUUUUUGUUUACUAGUUUGCUUCUUUGAGCAAGCUUUAAGUCGUCUAAGUCUUUCAGUUUGAAUAAUCUACCCAGCCUGGCUACUCACUGCUCAUUGCUGUAGGUAUGCUGUGCUACAGGGUUAGCAACUAAACGAGUCCAUUAUUGCGCAACAGCCCCCUUGUUCUUUGACUCAGGGGUUUUCAGCUGUGCUACUGGGUUAGCUGCUGAUGAGAGGCUGUCAGAGAGACUCUGAGUUGGAAGUAAACCUUGUGCACAAUUGCACAUGCACCAUACAGAAGCAGGAAUUUGUCUUCACUUUUGCUUGUGAAUCCAGUUAACUCCAUCCUCUUAAUUAGCCCAAAACAGGUGCUGCUAUGUUUGUUCUUGACUGUUUUGUUUGUCUUCUGACCUGUACAUAUGUACAUUAGGUUACAUAUUUUAUUAAUUAAUUUAUUUUAUGUAUUUUAUGUAUAUUUUAUGCAUUCUAGUAUCCUUUUCAUUUUGGCUACUGCUAGCAGUGCUAAUUAGGCCCACUUAAGACCAAAUGAGUGUCUGCAGUGUUAGCUUCCAUCUGUAUAGAGCCUUUGCUUAAUAUAACUCCAUUCAAUACGUCUCUGCUCUGCCAUUUGUAAACUUGUAUUGUUUUAAUUCACAUUUAUUCUGCAAGUUUGGUUAGUUAUAAUAGUAUAUAUUGUAUUCAUAGCCAGUCGUCAUGGAAUCAGUUGUAGGUUAAAUAGCUUUAAAUAUCUUAACUGUUAAUUGCUGCCUAGCUGUCAGCUGUUCCCUUCAGGGGAUUAUUCAAUAUUGGUGGCUGGCACCAUUGUGGCCUCAUGAUUUCACCUUAUGGAAGUGCUGUUCAUAGCAGUGCAUGCCAUUCAGACUCACAAUGACUGAUUUAAUGGUUUGUGUUAUUAUUAUUAUUAUUAUUAUCAUGUGUGUUAUGGUUUUUAUUCCUCUCUUAUCAGAAAAUGUAUGUAAACAACAACAGUUACUCCGGUACACCCUGUCAGUAAAUAAAGUUUUUUAACUGAAAA